ACUGGGAUCUGUAGUGUCCCCUCGACGCGCGAUGGAGAACUACCAGAUUUUAGACCAGCUGCCUCCUGGGGCCUUGGGAGUGAACCUGGUGGUGGAAAAGUUAGACACCAAAGACAAGCUCGUGAUAAAGCAGGUGCAAUGCAUCGAUGAACAUCAUUCCAACGAGGCCCUGGAGGAGCUGAUGCCCCUCCUGAAGCUCCAGCACUCGCAUAUUUCCUUGUACCUGGAGAUGUUCAUCAUCUGGAAGAGCUCGAUUUCCUCCCUGUUCCUCUGCCUGGUGAUGGAGUACCACAAGAAGAGCUUCCAGACUGUCAUUGAGGAGAAGAGGAAAGAGAGGGCGGUCAUCAAUUCUAAGUGGCUCCAGAACGUGCUGGGCCAGAUGAUGGACGCUUUGGAUUACCUGCACCAAUUGAACAUCUUACACAGGAACCUCAAGCCCUCCAACAUUGUCCUGGUCAGCCAUGAGCACUGCAAACUGCAGGACUUGAGUUCCCAGGCCUUGAUGACCGACAAAGCCAAGUGGACCGUCCGAGCAGAAGAAGACCCCUUUCAGAAGUCCUGGAUGGCCCCCGAAGCCCUCAAGUUCUCCUUCAGCCAGAAGUCUGACAUCUGGUCUCUGGGUUGUAUCAUUCUGGACAUGGCCAGCUGCUCCUUCAUCAACAACACAGAGGCCCUGCACCUGCGGAAGUCUAUCCGGACAUCCUCAGAUCACCUCCAGGGGGUCCUGAAGACCAUGGAAGAGAGGAAGAUCCCCGACACUAAAAUCUUUGGCUCCAUUUUGCCUUCGAUGCUCCAGAUCAGUCCCUCAGAGCGAAUAGCGAUCCGGGAAGUCAUCCACCUAACCUUCUCAAGCAGCAACUUAAGCUCUUCCAGUGUCAUGAUGACAAUGCACCACCAGGUGGUCCCCACCUUCAUCACUGACUUGAUGCUACAGGGCAGCAUAGCCAGCAUCUUAGAAGUCAUGCAGAUCUACUCCAGCCGGCCUGAAGUCCAGUUCAGGGCUCUGAAGAGGCUCUUGAGCAUGAGUGAAGAAGAGCUAGGUCUGCCAUGGCCAUUGGAGUUGGUGGACAUUAUCACCACCACCAUGCAGCAACACGAGAGGGUCCUGGACAUUCAGCUGUGUGCCUGCUCUCUGCUGCUGCGUGCCCUGGGCCAAGCAUUGCUGCAGCACCCAGAGGCUGAGAUGCCCAGCCACCGAGACAUCCUUGACGUCCUGCUGAGCAUCGCGCGGAGGCACCAGGAGUCGGAGCAGCUCCUGCUGAUGCUCUAUAGCCUGCUCACUAUCAUCGCCAGCCAGGCCUCGGGUGCAGAGGAGCUACAGAAGGCAGGGGCAUUCGAGCUUGCCCUGGAGCACUUGAGCUGCUUCUCCACUAACAGGGACAUCUGCAUCAGUGGCCUGAGCCUGCUCUGGGCCCUCCUGGUAGAUGUUGCUAUCGUGAACAAGGCCCCUCUGGAGAAAGCCUCGGUCCUGACUGCAGAGGUGCUGGCUACCUUCCCCACAGACAUGGAGAUGGCUGAAGCUGGCUGCGGGGUCCUUUGGCUGUUGUCCCUGCAAGGGUACCUGAAGGAGCAGCAGUUUGAACAGAUGGUUGAGCUGUUUUUACAAAGCAUCCGGGUGGGCCAGAACCGAGUCCAGCUGGUGAACAAUGCCUACCGGGGGUUAGCCAGCCUUGCGAAGGUGUCAGAGCUGGCCGCUUUUCACAUGGUGGUGCCACAGGCAGCAGGCAGUGGUCUGGCCCUCAUCCAGGAGACCUACAGCCUGUACAAUGAUGACCCAGAGGUGGUGGAGAACAUGUGCAUGCUGUUGGCCCACCUGGCAGCCUACAAGGAGAUUGCAUGGGAGAUGGUGUCCAGCGGCAUCUGGGCCCUGGUCCAGGAGAUGAAGGGCCGUUUCACUUCCAGUCUGGAGCUGGUGUCCUAUGCAGAGGAAGUACUCCAACACAUGGAGGCAGCCAUGUCCCUUGGAUAUGAAGAUACCGACAGUCAUUGGCUUACUUCUGAGGAGGAAUCGGCCACCUCACAGGACUCCCUCCUUGCCGGACACUCCUCAGUCCCGUCUCAGGUCCAGAUGUCAGAAGUGCUACCAGCAGAAGAGCCACCGUCACUGGGCUAGCGUGCACUUUCUUCUCUCCUUUAUAAGUGACAGGGACCCUACGCCUCAUGGAGUUGGCGUUUGGGGUUCAAGAAUCUGUAGCUACUGUCCCUGGCUCGAUGCGGGCAGUGCUUGGACCCAGAAGUCCUUUCUCAAGUUGGUAAAGAAAGUGAGCCCCACACACUCGUUAAGUAAAAAUCUGUUUUAUGUCCAACAAUCUCA